AUGAAAUGCAAUCCUUACGAGAUUGUUCCCGAUAUAUUAAAUGCUGUCGAUCCAUAUUGCACAGAACUUUUAGGCUUAUUACUCUAGCAUAUCUAAACUCUGCUAGAUUCCCCCGGAGAUUUAUAUAGAUAAGCAAAGCCCUAUUGCGAUACAGGUCAAAACAAAGUGGUUCGCUUAAAGCUACUUCUAGGACAGAAUAUUAAGCCAUCAGAGUACACUUGGUUCUGCUCUAAGGAUAAUCUUGUCAUGAAAGAAUACUUGCCUCUUUAUCUAAUUUUAGGACAGGGUAGCAUACAUUGA